ACGUAGUGAAUGAAUACUAGCCGCUUCCAAGCUAGACAAGUCGUACUGUAGUGGUUGUCCUCGGUCACGUGACCUAGUCAGUCACGUGCUUCCUCUCCUUUGCUAGUGAACUCUAUUGUAGCAUCGACCAGUACAUUGGAAACAGGAGUCGUGUUUUAUAAGCUCUCGUGCACAGCUUAAUAGAUAUGGGACUUUUGCCCACCCAGAAGUCGUUUUUCCCGCUUUGCUCCCUGGAAUCGCUUAAAAACCUGUUCAAAUGGGAACUCUCACGUCCUGAGCCUGACCUGGCUUUGCUUUCUCUAACUCUUGGCUUUGUUGAGCACUUUUUGGCAGUUAAUAGAGUAAUUCCAGCUAACCUAACUAGUAUACCAGGAGACCAUGAACUACUGUCUAAAAUGAGUGGUGAUGGAAAAAAAGCAAAACAUGGAGACUUAACCAGCCAGGCGAACCAAGGUGGUUGUAAAUCGGAACAAGGAAAUAGAGGAGUUAGGAAUGAUUUGGCAAAGAAAAGAGGUGUUGGGACUCAGGCAAGCAAAGAAAAGGAUAUAAUUUCCAAACAAAUUGGUGCAAAGCCUGCAAAAAAGGAAGUAGGCAAAGCAGGGAAAGAUGCGCUGGAAAUGAUGGUUGAAGAGGACAUUAGUCCGAAAGAAAGUUCACGGAUUGGACCUGGGAAGGAUAACACAAAGAAUCUAGAUGACCAUGCAAAGCAAGGGUUUGUUCAGUAUGGAGGGUCUUAUUUUCCAAACAUGAAUUUAGUUGUGGGUCAAGCACUACAUGCCCGCUUUACAGCUCAAACAAGGGGUGCUGUGGAUUUGUCUUGUUAUCCUCAGGAAAAUGGUGCAUCUGGUCGAGACCUAAUCCGCAGAGUUGCUGACAUCAUAUGGAAUGGCCUCAGUCGAUCUUAUUUUAAAGACAGAGCGCAUAUACAGUCACUUUUCAGCUUUGUAACAGGAACAAAGCUUGACUCGCCUGGUGUGGCAUUUGCAGUUGUUGCUGCUUGUCAAGUCCUGGGUCUUUCUGAUGUGCAUUUAGCUCUUUCUGAGGACCAUGCAUGGGUUGUAUUUGGAAAAGAAGGGGAGCAGACAGCGGAAGUAACCUGGCAUGGCAAGGGUAACGAGGACCGAAGAGGGCAGUCUGUAAAUCCAGGCAUAUUAGAAAAGAGCUGGCUGUAUUUAAAUGGGAAAUUUCUACGUUGUGACCGUCACAUGGAAGUGGCUUUCAUGGUCUGUGCCAUUAACCCUUCAAUCGAUGCUCACACGGACAGUCUGGAAUUACUGCAGCUACAGCAGAGUUUGCUUUGGGUUCUUUAUGACGGAGGACAUUUGGACAAAUAUCCGAUGGCUUUGGGUAAUUUGGCAGAUCUUGAAGACCUUGCUCCAACAUCUGGGCGUCCAAAGCCCCUUGAACUGUAUCACAAGGCUAUACAGUCCUCCAAAGUACACUAUGAAAACCAGCACUUGUAUCCACACAUUUAUUUGGCUGCUUAUCACUGCCGGAACAAGGAUGUAAGCGAAGCAUUAAAAUCCUGGGCUGAGACAUCAGCGGUUAUUCAAGAUCCUAUUUCUAACAAGAUCAAGCGGACACAUGGCGUACUCUUCCCUGGACCCUUACCCCACUGUGGUCUCACACAACGUCAGGGGACUGAACGUUCCGGAGAAGCGGUCAACAGUCUUGCGCGAGCUCAGGAAGGGUAUAAUUAUUGUCGUGAAGAUGAAGAAAUCUACAAAGAUCUCUUUGAUAUUGCCAAUGACUUAAUCCCUAAUUUAUUGAAAGAAGAAGCCAUGUCCAACAAUCAGGCUGGUUCUGCUCUUCAGGAUCCAUCUUGUUUUGCAAACCUUCUGCGCUUUUAUGAUGGAAUCUGUAAGUGGGAGGAAGAUAGCCCAACUCCUGUGCUGCAUGUGGGCUGGGCAACUUUCCUUGUGCAGUCACUUGGUAGAUUUGAUGCACAGGUACGACAGCAGGUCACACUUGUAAGUUUAGAACCUGCUACUGAAGAAGAAGACUGUGAAGAAGUGAGACGAAGAGCCCCUAGGCGAGAUUCAAGGCCUGGGGAGCCUGUUCUCCCUGUUCAGCGUCCAAUCCCAGAACCAAAAGGAGAAGAAGCAGAAUUUGCACAACCACUUUCACUUAGUUUCCAGAGCCAGAAAAUGAAAGGAAUGAAAGAGCUUUUAAUAGCUGCAAAAGUCAACUCCAGUGCUAUAAAACUGCAACUCACUGCUCAGUCACAAGUGCAGCCAAAGCGAGCGCGAGGACCUGGGCCACGAGAUUACAAUCUGGGAUACUUGAAAAGGCAACGCAAAGGGGUUUAAAGACAGAAUGAACCAAAUAAAAUUUAGAAGUUUUAUUUUUGCCAAUUUUUUUUUUUUUAGUAAGUGUGACUAUGUAAGGAAUUAAAUCCUGAAUUAAUGUUCUUAGAUUUAUAUGUCAAUAUUAUAUUGUAGUAUGGAAAUAUUAGCAGUUGUAACCUCCCCUGCUCAAAAAAUAAAGAAAUGCAUUGGGUAUUUGUUAAAGUGUUAUUCAGAACUAAACAAGCUUUUCUGUUUAUAUUUGUGAUUGUUUUGUGAUAUAAAUAUAGCUUGAAAAUCAAGUUUA